AUGGAGAUGACCGGCAAAGACCACCUCGCCGCCCCGGGCUCAGCUGAGUCCUACACCAGCCGCCCCUCGGACUCGGAUGUGUCCCUGGAGGAGGACCGCGAGGCGCUGCGCAAAGAGGCUGAGCGCCAGGCGCUGGCACAGCUGGAGAAAGCCAAGACGAAGCCGGUAGCGUUUGCUGUCCGGACAAAUGUUGGCUACAACCCAUCGGCCAAUGAUGAUGUGCCUGUGCAGGGCAUGGCCAUCUGCUUCGAGCCCAAAGACUUCUUACACAUCAAGGAGAAGUACAACAACGACUGGUGGAUUGGGCGGCUGGUGAAGGAAGGCUGCGAGGUCGGCUUCAUCCCCAGCCCUGUCAAACUGGAGAACAUGCGGCUGCUGCAGGAGCAGAAGAUGAGGCAGAACCGACUGAGCUCCAGCAAAUCAGGUGACAACUCCAGCUCCAGCCUUGGUGACGUGGUGACGGGGACACGCAGGCCCACCCCUCCGGCCAGUGGUGCCCUGGACACACAUAGCUUUGCCUUUGAUCCCGAUGAGUUAGAGGAGGAGGAGGCUGCGGAGACCCACUGCUCCCCUAAGAGUAGUGUGAGCAGUGUCACCACCCCCCCCGCCCACUCCAAGCGCAUCCCCUUCUUUAGGAAGGCUGAGCACGUGCCGCCCUACGAUGUGGUUCCCUCCAUGCGGCCCAUCAUCCUGGUGGGGCCAUCGUUGAAGGGCUACGAGGUGACAGAUAUGAUGCAGAAAGCACUGUUUGAUUUCUUGAAGCAUCGCUUUGAUGGCAGGAUCUCCAUCACGCGGGUGACGGCCGACAUCUCCCUCGCCAAGCGCUCUGUGCUUAACAACCCCAGCAAACACACCAUCAUCGAGCGCUCCAGCACACGCUCCAGCCUGGCUGAGGUGCAAAGUGAGACGGAGCGCAUCUUUGAGCUGGCCCGGACCCUGCAGCUGGUGGCCUUGGAUGCUGACACCAUCAACCACCCGGCCCAGCUGGCCAAGACCUCCCUGGCACCCAUCAUCGUCUACAUCAAAAUCGCCUCCCCAAAGGUGCUGCAGCGGUUGGUGAAGUCUCGGGGCAAGUCCCAGGCCAAGCACCUCAACGUGCAGAUGGUGGCCUCCGACAAGCUGGCGCAGUGCCCGCCUGAGAUGUUUGACAUCGUGCUGGACGAGAACCAGCUGGAGGAGGCCUGCGAGCACCUGGCCGAGUACCUGGAGGCCUACUGGAAGGCGACGCACCCCCCAGGAGGGACCCCCCCCAGCCCGCGGCUGAACGGCACCAGGGGCACGGCCGCUCUGGCCGCCAGCCCCGCGCCCGUCUCCAACCUGCAGGCUCCAUACCUGGUGCACGGGGAGCCGCCGGGCGAGGGGAACGUCCGGGAGGGGGGGCCCAUCCCACCGCCUGCCCGCUCGGCCCCCCCCCGCCGCCUGUCCCGCCAGGACACCUUCGACUCGGAGACCCCCGGCAGCCGGGAUUCGGCCUGCACAGAACCCGGCAACUCUUGCAUGGACGUCGAGACCGAUCCCGGUGAGGAGGACCCCCGGCCCCCCCCGGGUCCCCGCGGUGCGUGGGAUGAGGAGCGGGGCCGGGGACCACGGGGACGUGCCAAGGGCCACGACCGCUACUGCCCAGAGCCGCCGGAGCCUUUGGGUCUGGACCAGAGUGACGCAGAGGGCUGGGGACAGGAGGUUUACAUCCGCUAGGGUGAGGGGGGGUGUAGGCAGGGAUGCCCCCCCCCAACCCUCCUUUUCCCCAGCCCCAGUGCUGGCUUUGGGGCCAGGGGUUGCACUCAGCUGGGUGUCUUUGUAGGCCACGUGCCCAAAGCCUGUUCAGCUGUGCCAUGGGGUGUCCCCCACCCCACUCUUGGUGUUAAGGGGGGGGUCUCCCUCCCACCGCAGCCCUCCCAGCAUCCUGCGGUGCCUCGGGCCUUUUCUGUCCCACAGGGAGAGCGAGUGACCAAAGGGGACGUGCCAGUGGCUGGCGUAUCCCCAUCCCCUAUGGCACAGGGAGGGGGGCUUGCGCUCUCCCCAAUACCCAGCCCUUGCCUGCUGCCUGCAGCCCCCUCCCCAGGGUGCACCCGCUUCUCCAUGGUGCUUUUUACCACCCUGCUGCAGGGGGACCCCUGAGCUGGUGGUGGAGGGGUUCCCUGCCAGCUGUCCCCUCCCCAGCUAGUGCCUGCCCCACAGCUGUGGGAGGGGUGCAUGCGUGUGCUGUGUGUGCAGGGUUUUGGGGU